AUGACUAAGUCCGCAGCCACCGCCUCCGCCGUCGGCGCCGCCGCCACUCCCGACAAGGUUAUGGAACCCAUCCAUGGCGUAAAAAAUCAAAAAGCUUUUCAUGAAAACGCCGCCCUUCGCAAAAGUUUUUCAGAAAGAAGUAAUAGUGCGACGAUUGAAGGAGAGUGUAACGUUGAUGAUCAGCCAAUGGCGCGGCCACCACCGACCAAAACUACAGAUUUGAGGUUUUUCGUUGCAACAUGGAAUGUUGGAGGAAAAUCUCCCAGCCAUGGACUCAACCUAGAGGAUUUCUUGCAAGUGGAGAGCGCUUCUGACAUUUAUAUCCUUGGGUUUCAGGAAAUAGUUCCAUUGAAUGCUGGAAAUGUGCUGGUGAUUGAAGACAAUGAGCCAGCAGCCAGAUGGUUAGGGUUCAUAAGCCAAGCACUCAACAAAGCAUACCAUGAAUCAAUGGACUCCAAUAACCUCACCGCCUGCUCCAAGGAUUCAAGAUCCACCAAUUUCUUCCACAAGCCAUCCCUCAAAGUCCUCAGCCGCAAUCUCCGAGCCAACAACGCUCUCUUGAAGGCCUGCAAUUGCCACCUCGACUGCCCACGCCGCCUCCGCAAACUCGCCGACUCUCACCCCCCUACCUGCCUCCCCGUCCGCGCCGCCACCACCGCCGCCGCCGCCGCCGACGUCGACGGAUUCUCGCCGGCGGUGGAAAUCCCCGGAUCAGUUGAUUUGGACUACAACCUCAUUGCCAGCAAGCAGAUGGUUGGGCUGUUCCUCUCAAUCUGGGCACGCAGAGAAUUGGUUCCGCAUAUUGCGCAUCUCAGAAUCUCCUGUGUCGGGACAGGAAUCAUGGGAUGUCUGGGCAACAAGGGGUGCAUAUCAAUAAGUAUAUCAGUGCACAGAACACACUUCUGCUUCGUGUGUUGCCAUUUAGCUUCCGGGGAGAAAGAAGGAGAUGAGUUGAGAAGAAAUGCCGAUGUUACAGAGAUUCUAAAGAGCAUCCAGUUUCCCAGAAUCUGCAAGAACCCAGAUCGCGCUUUCCCAGAAAGAAUACUUGAUCAUGACCGCAUAAUAUGGCUAGGGGACUUGAACUACCGGAUUUCGCUUAGCUACGAGGAGACAAAGAAGCUGCUAGAGAACAACAACUGGGACCCUCUGUUGGAAAAGGAUCAGCUGAACAUGGAGAGAAGAGCAGGAAGAGUAUUCAUCGGUUGGAAAGAAGGAAAGAUAAUGUUUGCUCCCACCUACAAAUACACUCUCAAUUCAGACUCUUAUGCAGGAGACACUGUCAAGUCCAAGAAAAAACGCCGAACCCCCGCCUGGUGUGACAGAAUACUGUGGCGUGGGAAUGGCAUGGAACAACUACAAUACAUAAGAGGGGAAUCAAGAUUCUCUGAUCACAGACCUGUUUGUGCUGUGUUUACUAUUUCUGUGGAUAUGUUUAAUAAAUCUUCCAGAUAUCGUAAGGGCUUUUCUUGCACUGGUAGCGCUCUGGAUUAUCAAGAAAAUCCUCCCAAGAGACACAGCAGCUGCUUCUAUGAGUUCUAA